AUGAGGCUACGGCUAAGCAUCCAACGGCACGGCCUGCCAACAGCGGAGGUGCUGUGGGCCAUUCGAGAUGACCAAGCUCAAGCUAUUUCCACCAUUUCGCAGCUGCUCGAGCAGAUUAACGACAUAAUCCCGCUAGAGUCAGAGGACUGGGGCCUAGAGGAUUAUGUUGUCCAGGUCAACGGUUUCGAAUGCCUCCACUUCUCCCAGCUCGGACAGGUUAUCAAGGACGAAGACGUUGUGACCAUACGCCCUUUACAGACUGCAGAAGUACGCGCGAGAACACUGUCUGGGCGCUACCAAAUCUCAUCAAGCGGCCAGCACCUCAUUGACGGCAUACCCUUUGGCAGACCUCACCUACGACGGCCUGAUCGGCCAGCUGUUCACAUCCCACCACGCAAACGCAGACGCCUCGAAUACGAGGGCGAUGAUUCAGAUCACGUCCCGUGGAGACAAACAGGACAGCUUGUUCCCUACCAACACGAGGACUACGAGCCCGAAGAUGACAGCGAGGAGGACGAAGACUUCGUACCCGAACAAGGCUAUGCGGAAUCGGGAUCAGAGCCACAAGUAUCGAGAAAGAGGAGGAGUGUGUCAUUUAAUCCGGUUGUCCAAGAUCAGAACGGACAGGCUUUGAUCUCGCUAUCGUCUGGCUCUGAGGAUGAGGACGAUGAAGAUUUCGAGGAGCUCUCUGACGAAGCUUCCCACGGCAGCGAAGCGGAUGCGGCCUUGGAGUCAGACACAUCUCACAGCACUAAUGAGAUUAGCUCCGCGGUCGACGAAGAUGAGCCUGAUAGGUCCGAACAUUCGAGUUCCGAAGACUCGUCCGAUUCGACUCAAUCAUCCUCGGACGACGAUAGCUCCGAUUCCGAGCCGGAAGAAAUAUCCUCCAAGAACCCAAGCAUCUCUAAAGUUCCUCCAGCUCCAGCAGGUGGAACCCCACAGCCAGUGCCUCCUUACCAAGGGCAGAGAAGCACACAGGAAAGAAACAAAAGAAGACGAGACACCCAGAAGCUACGCCGCCUCAAAAGCCAGGGUGUGCUCGCUGCUAAUGCUACUUUCAGAGAGCUACGAGAAUGGGAAGAUGGGCCCACCGGCGAAUCUACCCCGGAUGAUUUGGAGGAAGCAAUUCCAGAGCCACAACAGCAGCAGGCUACGGAUAUCGGGGAUGAGCGGAGCACUCCCAAGCCGCCGGAAACACGGGAAAAGCUAUACGCAGAAACGCUGACCAAGCAAGCCUCCAGGGCUAGGAAAAAUCGCAGACAGGCAGACUCUAAGAAGCUAAGAUUACUCAAAGCUCAGGGUGUCCUACCCCCGACUGCGAAGUUACAAGAUUUGCGGGACUGGAGAGCCGGUCAGGAGGAUGAGCCUACAGCAAAUACUUCUAGCGAAGCAUCUCCACAGCAUGAUUCACAACAGGCUACAGCUGCCGCAAGUAAUGUAGACGUCGACUUCCAGCAGGAGCGAGAAGCACUAUUGGAAGCCCUCAAAACGGGCGGUGUCGACGUUACCUUGUUUCAGGAAACCACAGCAAAUGAAGGUAAGCGUCGCAAAACCGAAAGUAUCCGAGUCUCGGCGGCACACGAAUCCUUCACCGCUGCGGCUGUGAAAAGCUCGCAACCGACGACCAAGGAUCAUAGCACAUCUAACAACGAGUCGUUCAGCGAACAACCUAGACCUGCUACCAAGAGAGUGAUGGAAAAAGAUACUCCACCUACGGCACAGACUGCCGCCACCUCAGAAGCCAUUGCUGGCGCCGCAAGCGCCACGACAGAUGAUGGCCCUGCCAAGAAACGUGCACGCCUUGAUAUCGGUAGUUCACGACGGCUGCUGUUCGGAUCUCUGGGACUCCGCAACCCGAAGACUAAGGAAGAUGAAGUGAAAACACGGGAAAAGCUAAUGGCAGUUGCCAAGCCUCGGGCCAGCGUGAAGGCUGGCGCCCAGGCAGAAGAACCUGUGAAUGAGCCGCAGCCGGAGCUGUCCACGGAUCCCGACGCCUGGAAGAGCAAGAUCAAGCUCUCAGCAGUCGAGUGCUGGGACGAUGAUGUGGAGGAACUGUCAGCGCCUCCGUUCCCGUUUGAGCAGUACUGGGACCAGUAUAGCAAGAAGCAGCCACAACAGCCCUACAACAAAAGGAAGCGUAAGCGAAAGAUGGCUGCUGAAUACCAGAAAGCCUAUCAGGGCGAUGGCACAGCCGACUACGCUGACAACAAUGGGGACGUGGAUUACUACUACGAAGACGCAGAGGAAGAAGCCGAUCCCGCGCGCCUCAACUAUGAUGACUCCAUCCAUCUCAAUUAUGACGACGACCCCGCCGACCCAAUCGAAUCACAACUCAAACAAGACAUCGCCGUCGCAGCAUCUACUCAGGGAUCCGCCGACAGAUCCACCGAAAACAUCCCACCACUCCCAGCCGAUAUUUCUGCCCUCGCUCCACUACAAGAGUCCCACCUCAAACCGGGCGCCCUCAUCGUCUUCAAACAGCUCGAAGUCUCGCAGUCGACGAACUGGGCCCCCGUCAUCUCGGCCCACCGCACCGCGACCGUGACCGAGGUUUUCGGCACGGGUGUCCUGCACCUGAGCCUGGCAAGCAGGGAUCGGCCCCAGAAGGCGAACAAGGUUCGAUACGACGCGAAAGGCAGGCGGCUGUACGAUCGGUUCGAGAUGCCUGCCGACUCCGACGAGGACGGCGAUGGGGAAGAUGCGGGCUUCGUGGAGGUUGAGUUUGGGGAGCUGCUCGAGCCGAAGCUGCUGCGGGCUGCGCCUGAGACUGAGACGGAGGCGGGGGUUGAGGCGGACAGUGCUGAUGCGGUUGCGGGUGCUGAGGGGGGUGGCGAUGAGUCCUCGGGGACGUUGGCGCUUAGCCAUGCCAGUCUGGAGCAUGAGGUGGCUGAGAGUCAUGGGGCGGGACGGGAGGAAGGGUCGGCGUCGAUGAUGCAGAGCGCGAGCUCCGAGUACACCUGGGUUGAGGCGAGCGCUUGA